CAAAAUUCAGAGGAUGUUCUACAUUUGGACGAUGGCCCGAAAUUGUGGCAGUAGUCUACUGACUGGAGUUUGCUUUCAUGUUUAGCGAUCACUUUCGAUCAAUCAAACCAGUGCGUGCUGAUUAGUAGAGUUGAUCAGUUAGUUGUUGUUGACCAUGGCAAAUCCGCCUGUUACGAACGAGACAGUGGCGACGCAAAAACGGAGCGGGUCGCCUCCACUCAAGAAGACAUGUGUUCGCAGUUCGCUCGAUCCCGAUGUGGUGAUUGUGGUGGGCGGGCAGGAGUUUCAAGAAUACAGUCAGUCACUGCGUUGUUGGAGUGAAUACUUUGACAAAGCCCUGCGCAGUAGAAUAGGUCGAAUAAGUAAACUGGAGGGAGAAGAAACGCUCUAUUUUGAGUUCCCAUACCGAGAUCCCAAGGAGUGGCAGAUGAUUGUCGACAUGAUGGCACCCAUGUCUACCAAGCGAGUCAACAGACGAAAUGUGAUGAGGGCGCUUUCCUGGUUUGGAGAAUUGAGCUGCCCAAUGGGAUUGCAUGCAUGUGACAUUGUGAUAUCAAGGGAGCUACUGCCAGCCCUUGUGUUCAGGGGUGGUCUGAACUACGACCUUACCAAGAAAGAGCAGACAAAGCUCAACAGUUUUCUCGACAUUCUAGAAGCAAGCCUGGACUACAACCUGAGCACAGCACGAUCCGUGUGCUUUUCAAUGAUCAACUAUAUCCUGUGGAGAAAACCUUCCGUCUUUCUGAAGAUAUGGAUGGAAUGUCUCAUUUGGAUUGUGAGAGACCACAAGGAUUGCUAUGACGAUCUAUGGAAGUCGCUCGGCAAGGACUUUUUGCCUCCACUGUACUCGGUCAAGCAAAAAGAACUGCUCAUGGAAAACAAUAUGCUGGCUGACUUCAUAUGGCUCAAGAUGGAAGCCCGUGCGAGUGCUCAAAAGGAGGUGACAAUCAGCAGAAUGAUGGAUCAUGUGGAGACAGCUUCCAUUUCCUCCUCCAGCUCCGUAUCAGUCCAAAAACGCUUUGUCAAAGAUGACUUGGUUCGCCUGUAUGCACCAUCAAAAUGGCGUCAGGCGGAGAUCUAGCAAAGCAGCAGCUACAUCAUCGAACCUGGCAAUGAGUCCUAAUCAUUCAGCCGCUUCUUCCUUCAGUACCGGUAAUUCAUCAACGCUUGAUACUCUGCGAUACCGAACGAACUCUUAGCGAAUAGCAAAUCCCUCUAACUUCGAUUAUCCUUACCAACAACAUCCUCAG